AUGGCAGAUAUCGAAAAGGCAAAGCUGGACGAGCCGGUACAGCCGUUUAACCAAUUCAGGUUCCAGGCGAUGUUGGUUUCGUCGCAGUUCAUUCUCGACUUGGCGACGGUGCUGGGCAUAUUCAAGUCACCGUGGGAACUGUCGAAAGAACCAACCUUCUUGCCAUAUUUCAUCAUGAUAGAAGUGAUGUUUGCACUUAAAGUAUCGUCUAUUCUCAUACGAAAUGAUAUGGUGGGGCAAUACUAUCUUGAUGCUUAUGUUUCAGUUAUGUUUAUUCUUAUCAUUGGGAAGUUUGUCCCGAAUGAUGUGGCUGGGGGUGCUGAAAUUAUACUAUAUUUUGUUGGAGAAAGACUUGUAAAUCCGGUUCUACAUCGCUUUGCAAGCCUAAAAAAUAGAAGUUUGAGCGUGACUGACGUGUGUAUGCUCGGUUUACAGAUGGUCUUAGGUGCUGCAAUGACCGUAUGGAUACCUCUAGCCUGGAAAGUGAAUAUUCUCGCCACCUACGGCGUUUUGUUAAUUUUCAUGGUAUUCACAAAAGCUCCUGAGCUAGCCCUAGUGGAAAAAGCGAGUUUCAAGAACUACUGGUUGUAUAUAGGGCUGACGAUAGCGUUGGUAUUUCUCCAGCUUCUUUGGUCCUAUAUUUCCAAUUCGUCUCUUGAAGAUAGCAUUAAGAUUUCAGCCUUGUGUGUGUGCUUUGUCUUGGCCUUUGGCUGUCUACUUUUGGUUCUCCUAGGCCCUCCAGGACGUUGGAAACAAACGCUUGCUGAGCAGAAAGCCAAACGGGAAGAAAUGGCCAAUGGUUAG